CCUGUUCUUACUGGCUUUGCAAUCGCUUCCACAGGGCCAUCUGGUGUCCUACAGAUGAAGGCGGCAGUGAAGAGAUCUGAUCUUAUGAAGAGAGAUCCUACUAUUCGCCCAUCUUAUUCGACAGAAUUGAUAUAUGCUGAUGGUAAGAGCUUCUUGGUCCCAGAUAUGUAUCAUUUCUAACAUAAAUGUAGUUGAGAAUGCCCACGACCUGAGCAACACAUUCUUUUCCAAGGUCAGAUUCGGCUCGAAUCUUCCAAUCAUUACGUUUGAGGAAAUUGAACACCAUCUCGAAGAUGUCCAAUGUGGAAGUUCCCACAUAACCGUCGAACUUCGGUCCCGCGAAGCCCAAGAGGCUCUAAGGGGUGCCUGUGACAACGAAGAUGGUGCAUACAUCAUCACUUCACAUGACGGAUGCAACCCGGAUGGUGAGCGUACUGCAUACCAGGUCAAGCACCAUGCUUCCAGUGAGAAAGGCCUAUCGUUCAAGGCGACGAAGAUCCCUUUCCACAAAGCUUUCACAAAUAUGAAGCUCGAGUUUGGUCAAAGUAAGGAAGGUCAUGUUUUCCGUGAUGGCCAGAGCCUUCGCCGCCGACAGGCCCCUGAAGCUCCGUUUCCUCUUCCAGAAAACAAUGGCAGUCCAGGAAUUACCAUUGACCUCAACAGUGUUGUCAAGGAUACGGUCUUGCCAUUACCGACUAACAUAACCGACCUUCUCCCAGUAGGCAUUCCAGUCGAGAUCCGCUGUGUGGAAUGCUCCACUUCCGGCAGCUUGGAACUAUCUGCCGGCGAAUUCGAAAUGGACCUCAACGUCUUCGACGGCGAUGGCAUCGACCUAUUCCAAUCUGGCUUUAUCUCCAUGAUCGGUAACGGGAUCGGCGCUCGCCUCGAGAUGGCAGCCACCCCUUCCGCCGAAUUCACAACCGAGCUCCCUCUCCCCAGCAUCCCCAUCCCAGCCCUCGGAUUCUCCAUUCCGGGCAUCGGCAACGCAGGAGUAAACUUCUCCCCUGAAAUCUCGCUCAGCUUCGGCGUCAAAGGCGGCAUCGAAUUCACCUACGGCCUCACCGCAUCCAUACCCGACAAAUCCGAGAUCCGCAUCAACUUCGCCGACUUCGGAAGCUCCAGCACCACAGGCUUCACCAACCCAACCGUCGAAGCCCUCCCCUUCAACGCCAACGUCUCCGCCGUCGAAAUGACCCUCGCAACAGGCUUCCGGCCCCGCCUCACCCUCGGCUUCGAAUUCGUCGGCUCCGCAACCGCCGAAGUCGGCAUCUUCGCAGACCUCCCCUCCCUCUCCGCCACCUUCUCAACCCAGUCCAAAGUCGACCAGAACUGUAACCCCCUCCCCGCCGACGCCGCCCCCGCCGACGCAGCAGACCCCCUCGCCAGCGCCCUCGGCGACUUCACCCUCGUCGACUUCUCCAUCGGCGUCGUCCUCGGCCUCAGCGCCCAACUCGCCGCCCCCGUAAUCCCAGACUUCGCCACCGAACUGCCCCUCGCUUCAACUACAUUCCAGCUCGCAACAUCAUGCAUGGCCGCUGUUCCCAGCGGUACAGGCCUCGCCCCCGCCGCCCCGCUGGUCAGCAGCAUGGUCCAGGCCGGCCAGGUCGCGAGCUGGGUCGCUGCGCUGCCAGAUGUACCCCCCGCGACUCCGCUUGCGCCGGCGUUUACCCCGCCUGCUGUGCAGCCGCACGCGCUGGGUGCGCUUGAGGAGAUGGUGGGGAAGCCGGAUCCCGUGGGCACGGCGAAUGCGCCGUAUGUGCCUGCUAAUACGAGUGGGGCGAAGCCCGGGCAUGUGUAUCAGGUUGUGCCGGCGCCGCCGGCGAUUGCGGAGGCGGCGGUGGCGACGGAGGCGCCUAAGGUGCGGUCGAGGUUUAUGAGGGCUUUGGUUUAGGGGGUGCGGAGGGAUGGAAGGUUGCUUAUAGCGUAUGGCUUGACGAUGGGUUAUGAGGGAUGAUAUGAGUCAUGAUGGAAGCAGGGGGGCAGGCUAGCUAUGAUCUGUUGACGGAUUGGUUGCUGGUGUGAUUGAUCCUUUUAUGCUGGGACAGUGGUUGGCUUCUGGCUGGUCCAGUUGUCAUUGGAUGUAUGCAUGCAGGCCUGUAUAUAUUUCCAUAGCCACUUGAGAGCAUGGUUUAACGUGCCCGUGGAUACGAAGGAGCACGUAUUCUACUCUGCUCUACUACCUCUCGCAUGAUAUGUGCCGUCCUAGAUUCACGUA